CCGUCACAAAUGAAUGCCCUUUGAGUCGCCACGAAGCAUUCACUUUCAUCCACACAUUCAUGCAGGCUGCCUUCAACAGGCAGGCAGUCAGACACGAUCACUCACUCACAGGUCACGUUUGGGACCCACACCGCAGUCAGCAUUUGAAACACGGAACACACGCAGCAGCCAUCCAUCCAUCCGUCCAUGGUUCACUGUUGCGCCCCCUGCUGUGCGAGGCUGAUCUUCUGGUUGAUGGCCACUUGCAGCCGAGACAACGUAGACAGAUACACAACCUGACCACACACACACACACGUGAGAGCGGCAUGACCACGUCGCGUGUCCUGCCUGCCCUCACCAUGAGGUUGUCCUGUAGUGAGUUUUGGCACAUGGCGUCGAAGGUCUCAACGUCGAAGAACGGCUCCGAACACAGCAUCUUGGUCAAGUCACGACCAAGCUCCGUGUCGCCCUCUAUCUUGCCGUCCUGCACACACCACACACACAGAGAACCAUCCGCGUGUGUCCUCUGCCUGUGUGUGUGUGUGUGUGUGUGCAUGGUUUGACAUACCAGCACGUCUUCGACGUAUUCGGUGCACGCCUUGAGCAGCUUGACAAGCUUUGUGAAUGCCACCUCAAACCCCUGAUGCAGUGCAGGGGCCGACGCAGCCGCGCCCCUCUUCUUGGCGUUGCUGCGCGCCUGAAUCAACAUCUGGACUGAACACCACACCCGCCACACAGCACGCCACACAAAGGGUCAAAGCGUACUGUGCUCUGCUGCAGAGGGCAGCAUGGCUGGCUUACGCGCUGUCUUGUCCGAUUUGAGUGUGUAGACCUCCGAUGGGAUCUCGUGAAAGGAAGUCAAGUUCUCAAAAGCGAUCGGAGUCGGCACAUUCAGAAACGCCUGACAGAGAGUGUGCAGACGUCCGCUCGAUUUGCUUUGUCGAGCAGCGCGCCCGUGUAUGUGUGUACCUACCUUGAUGCUGAGUGUGGUGUUGGUGAGCGCUGUGUCGACGAGGAGCAGCACAGGCGAGACGAGGGGGUGUUGUAUCUGGAACUUGGCGUUGCCGGUGCUGUAGUACUGGUGGGGCAGGUUGUGCAGCUCUGUGAUCUCACUGCCCGUGCUGAACCUGAUGAACGAGUCGCAUACGGAAACAAACAAGACAUUGCUGGGUUGCUGUGCGUGCCCUGGUGGGUGGUGGUUGUUCUGCGUUAGCGGCUUACCACCCGACCACUUGUUCUUUUUGUGAGAUCUUCCUCUUGAAGCUCAGCAUCUGCAGGUGGUACUCACCGGAGAUGAUGAUCUCCUUCUUCUGCUGCAAUCCCAAACACACAACACACCCACACACAACACACAUGCAUCCCUGCUGCUUGCAUCUGCUGGUAUCUGCCGACUGACUGACCACGCCCUUGACGCUUUCCCUCCGCUCGGUGUGCGGCACAGUGUAGCAGUCGGUGACGUCGACCACGUUGCCCUCGACGAUGCUGCCCAGCAGCGUGCCCACCGACCGCACCUGACUCUCCUGCUUCCUCACGUAUGAGUCCAGGAUGGUGAACACCACCACAGGAUGCACACGCACAGAGAUCUGCGGAUACGGCGACACGAAAAACGACUUGAGCGACGACGCUCGGCGAGAUGACGACACUGGCUCCAUUACACACACAAUUGAGGCGCAGACCCAGAG